UGGAAACCAACAGCCUGUCGCCAUGGGCCAUGGAAGACCAGGAAGCCGUGGGGCCUCCGGUGCCAGUAGCAGAUUUAAAGGUUCAAUACGCAGAGAACCCCGACUUCAAACAGAAGGUGGAGUUCUUGGUAGAUCGCUUCCAACACAUGCGUCGAGCUCGACCGGAUGGAAGCUGCUUUUAUCGGUCGUAUCUCUUUGCCAUUUUUGAGCAGAUGGUUGGAGACAAGGAGCGAGCGCUCGCCUUCCGGGAACGACAGAAAGAUGCCUUGGAGUUUUGCCUCUCCGUGGGCUAUGAACGCAUGGCCAUCGAAGACUUCUUCGAUGACUUCAUGGAGCUCCUAGACGCAGUGAGCGUGGAGGGCGCGACCCGCGCAACUUUGGAGGACUUGUGGACUGAUGAGAAGGACCGCUACCUGGUCUGUUGGGCCCGCGUGCUCACGUCAGCGUACCUGAAGCGUCACGAGCAGGACUUUGCCUGCUUCUUGACCGCGCAUUCCUCUGUGCAGCAGUUUUGCGCACAGGAGGUGGAUCCCAUGACCACCGAAGCUGAUCAUUUGCAGAUCACGGCGCUGUCUUCGCAGCUUCAGGUGCCAGUCACAGUGGUGUACCUGGAUCGCUCCGAGGGUUCAGCUGCCGAACAUCCCUUCGCGCAUGACUCUACUCUUCCAUUCACUCCGAUCCACUUGCUCUAUCGACCUGGGCACUACGAUCUGAUCUACCCCAAGUGAAGGGAGAGAACCGCCCCGGAUGACAACCUGCCACCGUGUGAUCUGCCAACGUGCUGGAAACAUGGCCAGGGCAGGGAGCGAGUGGAAAAA